CCGGGCCUACAGGGGGCGCAUACCGCAGCAGAGCAACCCCCCGGGUGUGGCCAGGACUGCGCAGUCAUGAUCACUGCUGAGACCGUGGAUGAGUCUGCCGUCCCCACCGUGUCCGAAGCUGCGGCAGCCAGAGGAGACCCAGAGCUCGAGGAACCGACGUGGCCUUGGAAAGAUGCCCCGAUCCGGGCGCUGGUGCAGCGCAUCCACCAGUUGCAGGCUGAACGUGCGCAGGCCUUCCGCCGCCUGGAAGAAGGCCACCGCCAGUACCUGCGCAGCGGCCCGCCAUACGACUUCCCGCGCUACCAGAUCACAGUGCACGAGGUGACCCAGGCCUUCGACGCCACCUCGCGGGAGGUGCUGGCGGUGGAGGCUGAGUUGGCUGGCCCCAGAGCACAACCGCUGCUCGCGAACCACGUGCGCAGCCUACAGCAGCUGGAGCAGACACGCCUGGCAACGGUGGCCCUACUGCAACUGAUGGGGGCGCCAGAGCUCACAGGGCAGGAAGACACGCUACAGUUGUCCCAGCUGAAGAUGAAGGUAAUUAAAACCAUGGAAGCCAUCAACGAGGUUCUCCAGGACUUCAGGUUUGAUGCAGAAUCUGCUGAGUGAUGGAGACUUCCCAGGGACCCGCUGAGGGAGAUGGGAAAUAGGUUGGGUGGCACCCAGCUCUGACUGCUAGCUGGAUGAGGUCAAGCCACACCUCCCACAAUAAAGAACCCUUCAU